AUGUCAGACGAUAACGCCAGCGACAAGCAGGAAAUCUCCACCGUGGAGAUGCUGCGUCGCUACCAAACCGCAGAUAGUGUUCUGCUCCCCAUCCCCAGAGAUGCAUUUGAGAAAAUGUAUCUCAAUCCCAAGUUACCCACGGCGGGAAAUUUGCGCCGUACAUUCGGAAACCCGACACCAAUCUCCUUGAUGGGUUUCUUACUCGCAGCUACUCCUGCUGCUAUGCUGACGAUGGGCUGGCGAGGCUCUGGUGGCAAUGGUGGAGCUAUUUUGCCGGUAUUCAUCUUUUUCGGUGGAAUGGUGCAGAUUCUCGGCGGCAUUGGAGAAUGGAUUAUUGGAAAUACAUUCUCGUGUGCUCUUUUCUUCACAUAUGGCACUUUCUGGAUUGUGCAGGGUACAACUCAGAUGCCAUUCUUCGGAGUCGGCACAAAUUAUUCACCCACUGGAAAUACACUUCAGGGGGCUCAGACCCCGGAAUUUGACGCUACAAUCGGCCUGUACUAUGUUAUUCUCGCCGUACUCACUUUCGUCUACCUGAUAUGUUCGAUUCGAACAAACGUCUGCCUUUUCCUCGCUUUAUUCCUUCUCGUCAUAACCUUUUCUCUGACAGCGGCCGUUUACUUCCAAAUGGCAUUGGAGAAUGCUGCUGCGGCUGCUAAACUACUAAAGGCUGCCGGUGCAUUUAAUUUCGCACUUUGUAUUCCAAUUUGGCAUAUCUUCAUAGCGCAGAUUCUGGAAGCAGUGGAUUUCCCCUUCGCACUCCCGGUGGGUGAUCUGAGUACCGUUAUACCAGGGAGAUCACAGAAACUUAGGAAGCGCGAAGCAGCCACCUAG